GAUGUCACAGGUAUAAUACUGAGAAUAAGAGGGAAAGAAAAUGGCCGUCAGGGAAAUCACCUCCUACGCAGCUCUUCAAGCCAUAAUCCAAUCCCCGGAAUCGACGGUUAUCGAUUUCACGGCCGGAUGGACGGGACCCUGCAGACCUAUGUUCUCUGUCUUCGAGGAAAUAUCCCACACAACGACCGAGAAGUCCUUCUACCGGAUGGACGUGCGGAAGCUAUCGGAUGAGCAACUCGCAGGAUUGGGGAUCGUGGCGAUGCCGACGUUUAUCGUGUUCAGGGAUGGGAAGAAGCUGAGAGACCUAGUUGGGGGGAGUCCCCGGCUGUUGGAGGAGUUCGUGCGGGACGUUCAGUAGGCAGGAGAUACAGAGUAUGUCACAAGUACUAUUGUUGCGGUGUAUAUGAUAAUGACAACUCCACUGAGAACUGUACAUCUCUAUCUGAGAAGAAAAGCAUCAAGUAAAUAGGAAAGAAGCCACGCU